AUGAGUGCGGCGCCCCUUGUGGGCUACAACAGCAGCAGCUCGGAGGAUGAGGCCGAGUCCCCGGCCGGGGACCAGGUCAGACCUGGAGCUGGAGCCAGCCUUCGUGGCCAGACCCUGCUUCCCAGCGAGAGGUUGCCAGUGCCCGACAGUGUGCUGAGCAUGUUCCCAGACUCUGAGGAGGGACCUGAGGACAAUAGUGCAAGACACGGGGGCCGGGUGCGCACCUUCCCCCACGAGCGGGGCAACUGGGCCACUCAUGUUUAUAUGCCAUAUGAAGCCGGGGAGGACUUCCUGGACCUCCUUGACAUGCUGCUGCCCCACGCCCAGACCCACGUGCCCCGGCUGGUGAGAACGGAGGAGUUCCAUCUCAGCCUGUCUCAGAGUGUGGUUCUGCGUCACCAUUGGAUCGUCCCCUUCGUGCAGUCCCUGAAAGACCGUGUGGCCUCCUGCCAGAGAUUCUUCUUUACUGCCAACCGGGUAAAGAUUUAUACGAAUCAAGAGAAAACCAGGACCUUCGUUGGCCUUGAGGUUACCUCAGGGCAUGCCCAGUUCCUGAACCUGAUUUCAGAGGUGGACAGAGUCAUGGAGGAAUUCGACCUAACCACUUUCUACCAGGAGCCUUCGUUCCAUGUCAGUCUGGCCUGGUGUGUGGGCGAUGCACGUGUCCAGCUGGAAGGGCAGUGCCUGCAGGAACUCCAGGAAAUCGUGGAUGAGUUUGAAGACUCGGAGCUGCUGCUGCGUGUACACGCUGAGCAGAUCCGAUGCAAGUCCGGAAACAAGUUCUUCUCUUUGCCUUUGAAGUGA